AUGGCGUCCAACGGCGACGACCGCCCCUCCAUCCGCGACGCCAACCUCGCUCUCGCCUCGCUCCUCACGGCUCUCAAGCAGUCUGGCAACUCGCCCGCCUCGGCAUCGCACAAUGCAGCUCAGUCAUCACCAGCGGCUCAGCAGCACUGUCAGCAUGUCGUCCAGUCAUCGCCGGCUUACACGCCUGCCGCCUCUUCCGUCGCAAAUGCCCUACCGACACCUUCGGCUCAGACAGCCGCUGACUUGAGCGAGCUCGGGACGUACGAGUUGUUGCUCCAGCUUGGAGCACACCUUGGCGUCAUGGGAACGCCACAGGACGCGUCCGCGAGCCAGGCGGGACAAGCGAGCGCACCUCAGGCGGGUCCAUCGAGGGUGCCGGGUGUCGGAAUGGUGGGCGGCAAGGCGCCCAAGAAUAGGAGCAUGCACGAAGCCAGCACGUCAGCCUUGGCGGGACCUUCGACGGACCCACACCUCGGCAUGGUCUACCACCCUCAGCCCACUCGAUCCGGUCGUGUCCCGCAAGCACCCUCGAACAACUCGACUACCGACCCUUCAACCGUUCUCUUCAACGACUUCUUCGACUUCCCCUCGGACGACGAGGAAGAAGACCCCGACUUUGACCCGAACGACCCGAUGGUCGAUUUCUGGGGCGACUUGCUGUCGAAGGAGCGGGCGGAUGGGGACGUGACGGAGAACGAGGGCGAUUGGGCGGGCGGAAAUACGCAGGGGAUCACGGGCGACGAGUUUGCGAGGGAGAUCGCGCUGCUUACGAGUACGCUCGACGAUCCGCUGCCGACCGUCGAUGGGCUUGACGUGAGCGGGAGGGGCAGGGCGACUUCGUCCGCUACCCCGCCAACGUUGCGCUCUUCUCCUCGUCGUCGAGCGACAGGCAUUCCCGUCACCCAGUCGGCGCCGCGACAGACGUCGCCUCGCAGGCGCAGGCGCGGUCUUUCACCCGUUCCGGAAGACCCGGACGCUCACGCCACGACCUCCGGCUUCCAGUACGAUCCUCCACUCUCCCUUCACCAGCAGCUUGCCCUUCACCCGCUCCUCAACUACCAGCAAAACGUCGACCCCAAUCUUCAGCUCCCGCUGCCGCCUGCCUCGACCGCAUCGACAGCGACGACGUCGAUCGCCGACGAACCCGAAGAACCCGCGCCGAAGAAGAAGCGUACUCGCAAGCGCAAGUACACGCCUGAAGAAGCUGCCGCGCGGCGGAAGGAGCAGGAGAAGGAGCGGCAGGCCAAGCGGCGCAAGACGGAGAAGCAGCGCAAGCAGGAGCGCGAGCAGCAGUUUGAGCAGCUCGAGGUUGAGAACAAGGAAUUGAAGGAGAAGUGUGCGGCGCUAGAAGAGCGGGUUCGCGAUCUGGAGUGGCGGUUGAGGGAGAAGAGGAGGAUGGCUGGAGGAGUUGGGGCGGAGGCGGCGGACGAGGGCGGCGAGGAGGAAGAGUCGGAUGGUGGGGAGUACCAGGUGCAGAGCUCGGACGAGUCGAGCUCGGAGGAGGACUCGGAGGGCGAGGGACAGGACGCGGCGGCGUACAUCGGUGCGGUCGCCGCCGAACUCGACCAGCUCCAGCAGGUCACGUCGCCGCCUCAGCCGAGUCCUGCGCCGUACCAGCCGCCUGCACCCGCCCCGCUCAACCUCAACCUCGCCAACAUCGGCCAGGAUGCCCUCUCCCAACUUCUCUCGAUCGUCCACACGGCCGCGAAACAGCAAGGGAUCGCUCUCGCCAACUCGCCCGCGUCCUAG